GAACAAUUAACACCCCGUUAUACUAUAAAUACUCAGUUGUCUUAUUGAUGACAGAUUCGUCUGUGUGCGUUACUUUCAUUUUGGAGAAUUCGUCGUAGUUUCUUCUUAUCAUGUCGUGUGAAAUGAAGCUACUGUACAUUGUAUUCGUUGCGGCAUUAUGCAUUUCAUUCAAACUCGAAGUUGUCGAAUCAAAGUCAAAGCCUCGGACGCUGGAUAAGGACCUCAGUGAUGCUCCACAUGUUCAUGACGGAGAGCAUAGUUCUGUAUAUGAUCACGAGGCGUUUUUGGGGAAAGACGAGGCUCAGAGAUUUGAUGACUUAACACCAGAAGAGAGUAAAGAAAAAUUAGGCCAAAUUGUCAACAAAAUUGACCAAAAUGGAGAUGGUCAAAUAACUACUGAUGAGAUGGCAGCUUGGAUCUCCAAAGUAUCGAAAAGAAUGCUUCUUGAAGAUACUGAUCGCGCAUGGAGAGAAUACGGAUUAUCAGAUGGCGAUAAGAUGCCAUGGGAGAAACACGUUAAUGAGUUAGUUGGUGAAGAUGGAGAAUAUGAAGAUGAAGACGACGAAACAAAAAAGACAAUUUUACAAAGAGAUGAGAGGCGUUGGAAAACUGCUGAUACAGAUGGAGAUGGAAAACUGUCAAAAGAGGAAUUCCUUGCAUUCCUUCAUCCAGAGCAUGAACCGAAGAUGCGAGAUGUCAUUGUUAAGGAAACAAUGGAAGAGGUGGAUAAAAAUCAUGAUGGAUAUGUUGAUCUUGAUGAGUACAUAAAGGAUUUGUGGACUCCGAAUUCUCCAAAUGAAGCAGAACCUGAAUGGGUUAAAACUGAAAGAGAGGAGUUUUCCAAGAGACGUGAUCUUAAUGGUGACGGUAAACUAGACGCAGAAGAAGUUGGAAAGUGGGUUGUGCCAGAAGAUUUUAAUCAUGUUCAGGCAGAAGUAACUCAUUUGUUCUCAGAAUCAGACGCUGACCAGGAUGGCAAACUAAGCAAGAAUGAAAUACUGAAUCGUUAUGAUCUCUUUGUUGGCAGUCAGGCAACCAAUUUUGGAGAAAUCCUAACUAAUCAUGAUGAACUUUAAAAUAACCAAAGAAACACUUUAACCGAUGAAUCAAUUUAUGAUCAAUCAGUCGAUUGUUUUAAAAUAUCCUAGUGAUUUUGUUUCAUGUUUUAAUCUUAAAGCUUUUUGGGUUCAUAGGUGCUGUUUUAUCACUCCUUUUUAUACGAAUGUUUUGUUUCCAUAAAUUCCUACUUUUCUGCGCAUACUUUCAAAGAUGUGGCAUAAAGCUAGCUAACUAACUAGCUAGGUAGCAAGUUGUUCUUUUUUAAAAACUACUUACUUUGUAAGUGCCUGUAACAGCGCUCAUUCAGUCGUUGUCCCUUGCAUGCAUUUUCUUUUAAAUUCAGGUUUUCUAAGCAUUCUUAUUUGAAUUUUCUGUGACUUUUGAUUUUCUGUUUGUAUAGAAAUCAAAAUAAUCUCUCCUUUAAUGUCAUCCUUUUUUUCAUAUAACUACUUUUUACAAGCUUGUCAUAAUAUAUUCAGUUAAAUACAAAACGUUG